UGCGACACUCCACCCUGUCACAGCUAGUAGUAGCAAGCUUUUUCAAAAGUGGACGCUUUCAACGGUCUCGCCAGAAGUAAAGAGAAAACCUCCCGGAGGAAAGAGCUCUUGACUUUUCUACUCCGGCGGUAUCCGUGGGCAGUUGCAAACCCCUGAGAGUGAACGAAUUUAGCCCUGCGAUAAGCAGCUACAUGCCGCGCUGCGAGAACAGUUCCAGGCGAUAAUCGGCUCUUGCUCUCGUUUGGCACACAAAAAAGGUGUGAGACUCCGUCAGAUCGGACACUUUCUCUCUCAGUCAUCUCUAGCGGAUGUUAGGAUGGCGUCGUGUUUCAGCUGUGCCAUCAGGAAGAAGGAAGCCCGCCGGCAGCUGGCAGAGCCCGGAACACCGUUCGGAGAGCUAGAAGAUGAGGACGGACGACUUCUCGCCCAGUUCGCCAUGCGGGCCAAGAUGUCGCCAGUACGCUCAGCCGACGUUAGCGCCCAGGACGUCCAUCGAGUGGUCAUCCAGGACUUUCUAGCGUGCGUCGAGGACGAAGUGGAAGUCAGACGUGGGGACUGCGUUCGGGAACUGUUCCGUGACGGAGAUUGGAUGUUCGUAGCGACAACGGCAGGACAAACUGGUUUCAUUCCAGCAAGUUACUGUCGACCAAUUUCGGCGCUGAUAAACUUGCCGAAAGGCAGUUCCUCUUCAAUCUCUUCCGCGUCGUCGAAUCGUCCUAGUGCCGACUCUGGAAGCCCGGUCUCGAUGGGCCUAGCCAACAGCAGUAGCUCUCGAUCGUCUGUGAUCAGCGCCUCGUCGUCUCUUGCAGUGUCGGACAGCUCGCCGAAUGGCAGUGUGCGGAGGCGCAGCGGGGCGUCGCAGUCUACGAGCCGACUAGCGACGCACGGACCUGGCAUUCACGGCGGCGACUCGUACGCCUAUUGGAAUGGACGCAACGGAACGGAUACGACUGACAGUAGCCGGGCGCCAUCGCGAUCUCUGGGCGCCCGUCACAGAGUCUCACUGCUGGCAGCUCUGGGAGAUGAUGAGUUGGCCAGACAGCGUAUCGGCCUGCAGGAAGCAUCAGGUUUGGAUGCUGGGUCGGGGUCCAAUUGCCCGUCCGGCCCCACCUCGCCCGAAAGCAAUGGCAGCUCCCAGCUGAACUCGCCGAGUCGUCUAUCACGCCGCUACAGUCUGUAUGACUCCAGUCCCAGCAGUCCCAGCAAGAGCAUCGACAGUGUCUCGAUUCUCUCCAACAGCCCGAGGAAGUCCAGCGCCCCAGUACCCACCCAGUACCAGCAUUCGCCGGACCAUUCCAUGGCAUCGCCUAGUCCGCAAUGUCGACGGCGGGUGACGAAUCGCGGCAGGCAGAGCCGGCGCACAUCGGCCGAUAUGGACCGCAACUCGCCUCAGCCAUCCAUCUCCUCUUUACCAGCUGUGGUGAAAAAGGUACGGCUUGCCUAUAACUUCCAGGCCAACAAGGAGGGUGAGCUGUCGCUGAGCAAUGGUGAUGAAGUCGCCGUUAUCCAGGAACAGAGCAAGGACUGGCUGCUGGUGGAGACGGACGAUGGCAGGCAGGGACUGGUGCCGACAUGCCUGACGAUCACCGUGUCCGCAGUACACGCACCAGGCCACAAUUCUAAGUCGAGAAGCUCUGCAACCCUGAACAUCAAACGUACUGGUGGCGGUGGCAGCGACGGAGACAAACCUCAGCCGACCGCCGCGGUGACGUCGAGCGACAGCUACAGUGACUCCACGGACGGCUCUCGCAAUGCUCGCACACUGACCAACAAGCCCUCCGGUGGUAGCUCAGCGGCGGCGACAAAGAUUGGCAACGGAGAUAUGUGUGCAAACUCUCCAGCGAAUAUUACCGGUUUGAGUCAUCUCUCUCAGGAGGAUGAUGAUGACCGCUCGGCCACGCUGACUCGUGCUAACGUCAGCCAGCUUCAAGGCAACCAGACUCUCCAGCACCAACAAACUCGCUAUGAGGAUCUGUACAAUUUUGCACAUGACAGCCACCACCAGCAGCAACCUCAGCAGCAGCAGCAACGGGCCGAGACCGCGCACGGACACCGCACUGGUUCGUCGCCGACACGACUCGGGUCGAAGCGUCGCUCCCAUUCGGCUAGUCGCACCACGCUGCAUCGCAUCACCGUGGACGAGAGCGUGCGUGCGGUUUCGCCCGGUCACAAUAGCGACGGAGAGACGGGUUCGUCUCGCACGUCCUCAAUCAGUAAGUUCUUUGGCAGGGGAAAAUCUCGCAAGUCAUCAAACACGCCUUCCUCUCAGCAGCCUGCGAACCUGACCGGCAACUGCAGUAGUAGUGCUGCUGGUGGUGGUAGCGGAGGCUCUGACAGAGAUAGUCUUCGUGAGCCGGUCGUCUACAGUGCAGGUCAGGACGCUGAUCAUCUAGCUCACGCAUGGCGUAACAACCAACCGGCGUACCAUCGGCAACGCUCUCGCUCGUCUUCGCGCACUGGAAUACAUCGCAUCGACAACUCCAGUGCCGUGAUCGCGGAUACGUCUGUAACUCCGCAGUCGACAGCGAACCACAGCGUUCCGGCCGUGUCCAUGACCAUUGUCACCAACGUCGCUAGCUCUGGUGUUAGCUCUGGUAAAUCAGUAACGGCAUCUCCACAAUCUGGCACUAAAUGCGUAACUGCAAUGAGCAAACCCAUACCGGUCGGUAAUGCCGCCGUGUUCACCACAAGCCAAUCAGUGGAGCACCAUCGCUACGAAAACGAAGUGGAGAUUGCCAAACAGCACGGUCGCAGCGCUACCCUGCAACCCGGCACUCGGCCACCCACAGCGCCGGCUACGCCCAAACACCAACGCAGCGUCGUGCACACACGUGCGCCGAGCCUUGCCGGUGAUAUGCCACCCUCGCCUUCGCUGUCCUCGCCGUCGCCGCGACCUCCGGAAACUCAACAGCGACAGCUGCGCGUCCUGUUCAACUACACCGCCAUGGUUGCAGAGGAACUCAACGUUCACUCCGGGGACGUGCUCGCGGAAGUCCCGUCCAAGUCCAAACCCGGCUGGGCGUGGGUGACGGAGCCGGGCACGAAACGCCAGGGGUAUAUACCCGUGGGCUUCACCGAGACCUACGUACCACCUCCGCCGCCCCGAAAGCCCUCCACCGGCAGCAGCAGCAAUAUGCCAGCAAAGACCACCACCACCACCACCAGCGGUAUAACCUGCACCCAGGAUGCCGUGGCGCAGGUCAACCAGGUAGCCGCACAGUUUCACAAACAGACAUCCGGAGAGCUGUGCACCACUAUUUGAGUGUACUGCGCCAUUCAGCACUGGGAAUACUACUGGCAGUGUACGGGCAUCAAGCUAUGUAUGGGAUCUACUCACAGUGUUCGGCCAUCACGCCAUGAGAUGUACUGACGGUGUACAAUCGGCACCCAAUGAGAUCUGCGUAUAGUGUACCACCAUCAUGCAAUCGAAUCUACUGUGUUUGACCAUCAGCUAUGGGAUCUACUUACAGUGUUUGCCAAAUCAGCUAUGGGAUCUACUUACAGCGUACGACCCUCAAGCCACGGGAUGCAACGUGCAUCUGCUGACAGAACUACACAUUUUGUAGUAAACAAUUGUCUGCAACAACGUGCGCUUGAUGCAGGCAAGCGAGUUUCCAUACGUUGAAGUAUACGACUACAUCAGAAACCGAUAGGGAACUUUUCAAAUAUUACGUUUACGUACACUAUUGUUAUUUAAAGAUGUGUUAUAAGAGAGUUAGGGGCAGAGGUGGUCGUUCUUCAGGAGUAAGAAAGUGACUACCUCAGUUAAUUGUGGAGAUCCGCAAGUCUGGCGGGCGCAGGAAGAUAAGGGCUUCGUGCAUGCUGUAUGGUUACGCUUUCCCUUUGUGUAACAACGCUCGCUGCACAGUUACAUGAAUAUGCUGUUGUGAAGAAACUCCUGCCCGGUCUAUCUUGCAAUCUUGCAUUGACUCGGCCAUUUGGUUACUAUUAGAAGUUUGUUUUCUUUGUAGCUUGCAGUGUAAAAGCAUCACAAAUACAAGGUGCGUAGAGUUCUCGUUCGUCGGUCUAUCUUGCAAUCUUGCAUUGACUCGGCCAUUUGGUUACUAUUAGAAGUUUGUUUUCUUUGUAGCUUGCAGUGUAAAAGCAUCACAAAUACAAGGUGCGUAGAGUUCUCGUUCGUCGCAGAUGCUAAGUAAUUUAGUUGCUACUUAUGAAUAUACUAAAUACUGGAUAAAUCUACUGAGAGCAAUGCAUUCUUAUAAGGCAUAUUAUACUAUUUAUGUUGUAUAAACUCGCAGCCCUAGUCGUCGCUUGUUUAGACUGCACCGCCAUUGCUUUGUGUAUUUGGUUUUAUCAAGUAGGAUCACAAGCAACAUUCAGUAUGCAUAAAUAUAAGAUAUACAAGAUCAUCCUAAUAAUAAUUAUUAUUAUGACAUCA